AUGGACGAGACGCAUGGCCGUCAUGAGCGCGAACGUCUGGUUGGACGAGUUCCGGACGGAGCUGCUACAGCAGAGGACGGGCUGCAGAGACUCGAGUCAGUGCCUGUGGUGAUCACAGGCUCUAUCGGCUGUACGCAAAAAGGACACACGACGACGCUGGGACGGAGUGGAGCCGACGACACUGCCACGCUCGUUGGCGCUAUGCUUUGUGUUGAUCACGUGGUGAUUUACACGGACACUGCGGGUGUCGUGAAUGCGGAUCCAGACAUUGUGGACCGUGCAGUGGCGGUGUCGCAUCUAAGCCAUUACGAAAGAGGCACUGGAUCUGGCGGUGCAUUACAUGCGCAUUUUCCACGCUCACACGAUGGUGCCGCUGAUCAAGAGCGACGUGCCGAUGCACGCUCGGUAUGUCGCCUUCCAUCUACUUUAUGGCGUGAAAGUACUGCCACCGCGGCUCGCACUGAAUUUGGUCGUGCGUUCUUCAUGUACACGUCGACGGUCGGUGCAAGUUUGCCUACUAUCGACACCCUUGGCAACAUCUUACGCACAGGUGACCGCAUACUUGGUAUCGAUACGUCCUUGGGUGGACCGAUGAACUUUGUUGCGAAUGAGGUGAUGAAGGGCAAGAAGCUCUCGGAAGCUGUCGGAGAGGUGCUUUGCAGGGGCUACUGCGAGCGUGAUCCGCGCGAGGACUUUACUGGUACGGACAUGGUUGCAAAAGUUGUGGUGCUGGCUCGUGCUCUCGGUGUGCAUCUGCACGCGAGUGAAGUUCGGGUGGAGCCGUUCAUUCCACAUAGCGUGCUUGACACGAUCGCGUGGUCUCACGACAUGGAAGUGGACGACAUUGUCACUGGACUAGAGGCGUACGAUGAGGAGUUUCGUGAGAGAUACUACAUGCCAGCUGUGUCGGAGAGCAAGCGUCUUUGCCACGUUGCAUCCAUCAACUUGGCUGGAUCCCUGUCGAUCGAAGCCACGAUCCGGCCUCUGCUUGUCAGCGAGGAUCACCCGGUGUACUACACCAAGGACAAUGAAGUCGCGUUUGGUGUCUCCUCCGUGCAGUACCCGAAUCCGCUAGUGCUCAAGGGCUCCGGGACGGGUGCUUCUGCGAGUGCUACUGGCGUCCUCCGUGACGUUCUCACGAUUCUGAGUAGGCUCAGUGGGAACAAUGUUCGCGCAUGA